AUGUUCCAUGGAUUGCCAAGUGAAGACCCCAUUGACCACCUUGAUGAGUUUGAUAGGCUUUGUGAUCUGACAAAGAUCAAUGGUGUCUCUGAGGAUGUCAUCAAGCUGAGACUAUUUCCCAUGUCUCUGGCUGACAAAGCUCACCAAUGGGAGAAGAGCUUGCCCCAUGGCACAAUCACCACUUGGGAUGAAUGCAAGAAGGCCUUUCUUGCUAAGUUUUUCUCCAUUGGUCGCACAGCCAAGCUUAGAGGAGAGAUAUCCAGCUUCAUCCAGCGAAACAAUGAGACAUUCGCAGAGGCUUGGGAGAGAUUCAAGGGCUACACAAGUUAG